AUGAACAGAAAACUUGAUCAAAUAAAAGCAGUUACUCUACCACCGCCAGCUGUAACUACUUUCAUUUCUUAUCCUCCAGUGGAAAUUGUUUCUUCGUCUUUUGAAAAGAAUUCAAUGGGACCUGGGAAAAAACCAAACUUACGUAAUCGCAUACCGCCUCCUUCUAAGAUACCAUUAAGUGCUGUUGAAAUGCCACCUGAUUAUUCUAGUGUCGAUAUCAACUUAUUAGAUGUAUCAUUUGGUGCCUUUGAUCUUUCUGAUGACAUACCACAACUUUGUGAUCCAUCACAGGAACAAAAUGCAUUGCCACCUAUUGUUAAAUAUGAUAACUCAAUUGCUCAAAAAGUAGAUUCUGUCCUUGCGCAAACUGAAUAUUCAACUAUCUCUAAUCAAGCUUCAGUUCAAACUCAAAGAUCAUUUCAAGUAAAUCAAGCACCUCAGCCAUCAAUUAAAAUUUUAUGGCGCCCUAAUUAUUCUCAUUCUGCUGAUAAUUUAACAAAACAUUACUCUGCAGUUGCUAAUCCUUACCAAAAUAUUAAUACUGGACAACCGACAUCAAUGUAUAAUUCUUCAGUUUAUUCUAAUAAUCCUCAAAGUUUAUCCAGUCAUACAAGUUUGUAUGGUACAAGUGCAUCCAACAUUGGUGGAAGUAGUUCAAAUUCCCACAAUCCUCAAUUGUCUCAGUCUAAUUAUUCAAAUUUAAAUGCUUAUUACCCUCAAACAGAAGCACAACCUCAGUUCUCUUCUUAUCCAUACAAAAAUCCUUACUCAUAUCAGGCAUCUGGAAUUUCCUAUCCUCCUAUCGUAUCAGAUGCCAAUGUAGCAUCAAUGUAUUCCACAUCAACAAACUACAAUAAUAUGCACCAAAAUAUAAAUCAAAAUGGGAAUACAAACUUGUCUAAGUCAACAGAUUUGUUGACUUCAAAUACUAAUUCUAACAAAGAAAGUCUGUACUACCAGUUCCAACCUUCAAAUAACUCAUGGACAUCAAGUGCUAGCAAUCCAAAUGGAAAUAUUAUAAGUAAUACAUCGUCUAGCAUUGGAAUCGAACAGAGUACUUUAUUGGCUUCAAAAACGACUACACCAAAAAAAAAUGAAAGUGGUGCACUGUCGGGAAUGCCUCCUGGUGUUGCCCCACUUGUUGAUGAACAGUAUAUAUUAAACCAACAGUGUAUUCCUGGACACUUAAGUCCAUCUCACUCUGUAAUGUAUAGAGGGGAAGAUUUACAAAUGACUAACUUAUAUUUGCCCAAUCCAAUGUAUCCAAGUGCAUUAUCAAGUCUGACUGGAAGAGAAAUUGUUGGACCUGGUAUUUUAAAUGUUGCAAGUAAUUUGUCAGUAACAGAUUCAAGAAGUGCACUUACAGACAAUAAUGCUUCACCAGAUUCAUCUACUCUAUCUCAACAGAUGGGAACUUUGGCUCAUCAGCAAAUACUGUUAAAUCCACCUAUUGCUCCCAGUUAUUAUUACGGGCAAAUUGUAGUAACCCGCUAA